AUGAUGAAGAAGCACGAUAUUCUACACACCCUUCAUCCACACACUACCCUGACGAUUCCAAACUCACUAUUAGAUACUACGAUACUCUUCGAAUCCUUUGGCUCAGGCCUUCCCGAGCAAUACGACACCUACCUUGAUCAAACCCUCAGCCACUUCAUCGAUUCCGUCACCAUUGGUCGCAUUUCAACUGCACCGCCUGUUAAAUACCCGCUCACGGUGUAUACAAGUGCUCCAACACCAGCUGCAGUCGAUGCGGAAGUUCUAACCACAAAGGCUUUGAACGCACAAUGCCAGGCCCUCUCACCUGCAAAACUGCCACCUCGCCAACGAAUACACUACGGAGGCUUGGCAGCCCUAAAACAACCCUUGUUUGCCAACGCCCUUAUUGAUUCCGGUACAGACAUCUCUAUCGUCAACUAUGCUGACCAUUUCACGGAUAUACAAUCCGGCACAUACCUUUUCGAAUUUGCCGGUGGUACCAUGGGCAGCACCAUAUCCGGCCUCAGCCCUGAUCUGGUCUUCCCCAACGCCAAGUCAGAAUUUCUGAAACCGAAAGAUCUGUUGUCUGUUCUAUUGCGGUGCUCAGGCGCUCAGCCUUCAAGAGCAACCGUGGAGCCUCGGACGAUAGUGAGGGCGGAGGCUGGCGCGCCGGGACCUGGGGCCCUGGGGUCUGGGCCAGUCCCGCUUGGCCUUGGAGUCUUCGACCUAAUGGACGGUUGGGCGGCUGUGCGGCUGGGCGGCUAG